UAUGUUUAUGUAUGUGUGUUGGGUAAUUUUAUGGCAACCACAACAAUAAGAAUAUAUUAAACCAAUAAUAAAAAACAACAAAAAGUUAUAAAAAAAAGGAAAAACUAUAUAGAGGAGAUGGAAAAACUUAUGGUAUCUUAACACAACAUAAUUAUCAAAUAAAAUACAAAAACAAAAAAAACAACACGAACACCACUGAAAAACAAAUAAAACCGAAAGCAAAAGAAACAGAAACAGAAAAAAAGGAACCAACCGAAAACGUAUGGAAAAUAAACAAAAUUCAACAAUUUAUUGUAAAUAAACACACAACAACUACAUUAAUAACAAAAAAAACAUCAAGCAACAAACAGUAAUGAUAAUGAUGAUAUUGAAAAAUAAACGUAAACAAUUCACUACGAAGAGCAGUCAGUAUUAACGACAAUGUCUCCUACUGAUCGUCGUCGUCAUCAUCAUCAACGGCAACAACUACAGCAACAAUAACAACAACAAGACAAGACAACAAAUCAACUCAAUUUCAGAUUUUUGCAUGUUGCUGUUGAAUUUUCUACGCAAUUAAACGAUGUCAUGUUAUCAACAUCUACAUCAUAUUAUAACAACAGCACAAGCAGCAGCAACAACAACAACAACAGCAACCAAAACGACAAUAACACUAAACAACCCAGCAGUAGCAGUGGAACUGGAAACAGCAGCAACAACUACAAGGGACAUUAUUAUCAAUUUGAACAACAUCUACAACAGCAGUUAAAACUUGAGCAACAUCUUUUGUAUUUAUUAUUGUUGUUGUUGUUAUUGGUUCAAUCGCAAAAAAGUCGCACAAAACAUAAAGAAACAGAAAAAAUUGCAAUAAAAACGCCAUUGCCUUUAUAGACAGCAGGCAAGCAGGCAAACAGCAGCAACAUCAUCAAGAAAAUCAAAUCACAUCACAUUGUUAAAAAGUAAAUCCAAUGGAAAAUGAUGACGAUGAUGUUUUACGUAAACAGCAGCUUUAAAAGCAACAACAACAACAAGAACUACAGUAAUACUACAACAGCGGCAGUAACUAGCAACAGUAGGAGUAGCACUGGAUGCAGUGGUUGUUGUAUUGCCAGUAAUGUUAACAAUAAAAUAACGUUGAAACAACAAAAAAAUUAUAAUAUUGAAAGGACUGAUAAUGUAAACAUUAAAGACAGCAGCAACAUUAGCGACAACUACAACAACAGAAAACGACAAAGCGAUGAAGAUGAAGAUCUACAAAACCACCAUUAUUGUAGCAGCAACAGCAGCAGUUACACAACAGCAACUACAACAAGGGAAACAACAGCUCAACAAAGUUUUAAAUUAACGGCAACAACAGCAACAGCAGCAACAAAUAUUACAAAUCGAGGGAAUAUCAGCAAUACAACAUCAACAGCAACACUAACAGCAUCAUCGUCAUUAACACAACGACAACGAAGAAGGUGUUUUAACGACGACAACAGCAUUAGCAGCAACAAUAGCCACAUUAUUAUUAGUAAAAACAACAACAACAACAGCAGCAGCAACAGCAGUAGUAGUAGCGAAAAUUGUUUUCAUUGUAGUUUUCACAAUAGCAAAACAGCAGCGCACAAUUUUUGUUGCACAUCAUCAUCACCAGCUUCAACAUCACCAGCAUCAUCAACCUCGACCCGUAAAUGUAAAAAUUAUAGCCUUAAAACAACUUCUAGCAUCAGUAGCAACAACAGCCAUCCCCAUACACGUCGAAGAUAUGGUAGUGGCGGUGGCAGUGGCGGUGGCACUGGUGGUAUCAUAUUCAACGUCCAUAACAUCAUUAGCCUUUUUGGCCUUCAGCUGUGUUGUCUCCUGCUGUUGCGGCUAACACAUUUCGCCACUGGUCUUGCUGUUGGUGUAGACUCAACAAAUGCAAAUCUCACAGAUUUGGGUAGUCCCGGUAUGUAUUCUUCCAUUCUAAACCAAAAACUAACAAAAAAACUGUAGCAAUACAUUAGCAACAUUAUUGAUUUUUUAAGUUCAAUUCUGUUGAGUUUUAUUUUACAGUUUUUUUUUUUGGUUUUUUUCUUUAUUAUACUGGCAUAUUAUGUAUUUAUUUUGGAGGGAAAUUAACCUAAAUAAACUUUGGGUUAUUUUUUCCUCUUAGUUCUUUUGCCAGCUAGAGGUAUUAACAAUAUAAUCAACAACAAAAGUUUUCUGUUUUACUGCUACCAAAUUUCCUUCCUAUAACUCUUUUUUUAUU